AUGUAUAACACUAUAACGAAGUUUCGGAAAGAAAUAUUCCAGUUCACGGCCCUACUAACGACGUUAAUGGUAGGCUUUGCGGGCUUUAUAUUCCUCCUGUAUGGUCACGUGGAAGGUAGCUUCAGAAAUGUUACCUCUGGUCUUCUAACUUUGUUUCGGAUGACAAUCGGAAUGAUCAAAUUCCGCCAUGAUUUGGAGCUAGACGUGUUCGGAAUUACCGUCAUAAUUUCAUUGUACGCUCUUGCUAUAACAAUGGUGUACAUUAAUAUGUUCUCAAGUGCUUUAAACUUUGGAAUUACACAUAUAAAGGAUAUGAUUGCUAAAGGACAGACCUCCUUCAACUGGCAACUGAAUCAACAUUUCUGGAAUCGAGUGUCGAGUCUACUUCUACCAUGCAGGGCUUCAAGGAAAGUCGAAAGUCGAAAGAAUGUCAAAGAUGGGAUAAAAACAGUUUCAGAGCUGAGGAAGAAAAUUGAUUUUCAGAGGAAGGUUGAAACCAGCGUUGGCCAUUUCAUUUCAAAACUAAUCGAACGAUCAGUGCAAGAUUCAAAGCUGGAAAAAGAUUUCUUUAGGCAAACUUUGUUACCUUCCCAACAUUUCAAAGGAUCAAAUUUUAUUUGGAGUAUCCGAAGGGAGACUACUCUUGGUGUCCAAUACAGAUUUUCUACGAAGUGUACUGACAGAGAUAAUGCAUUCAUCCUUGAGUUCUUGCAUGAGAAGGUUGACUGUGGGAUUGACAUGGAGUGUCUACAGAUAACCGAGGCCAUAAAUCGUGGCCUGAUUCCGUAUGGGCAUGGCACUCAACCCGUCAGUUCUCUCUAUAUCGUCCAUAUCACAAAUUAUAGGACUGAUUCGUGUAAAGUAUUUGUCAAAGUAGCCACCUCACAGCUCUCCUCACAGACUGCAUUCCUGAUAACUGGUUCCCAUGAACCAACAAGAUGGGAGCAACAUACCGCCCAACAUGUUGGAGAUGACGCAAAUCAUGUGUACUUAUCAGCUAUACUGCCAAUGUGUCCGCAGUACGUGUUAGCCGUAACAUCAGACUUGUGGUGUGGCGUUCAGUCUGUGAUACAUCAGGAGCACGUUAAGAAGUUUAAUCUCACAACGAAGAAGAUGACCAUAACACCUGGAUCAAAACAGCAAAUGUUUCUGAGCUUUCCGCCGAAUUCUGUUCAAAAGGAUACAAUUGUUAAGACAGUGAUGGAGCAAGGUGUUCGUUUCCCGACACUCCAUGUCCUGGCCAGCAGGGACGUAAAGGGUCCAAUCAUCGUUGAGUAUGUCGGAAAGGAAAGAACGGACGAACUGUCCUCUGAACAUUUCAUGGAAAUUCAACUACUGACGAAAACUGGAGAUCUGGAAUGGAGGCAAGAGUCAACAUGGGCCCCGAAUAACGAUAGAGACAAUACCGUGGAAUUAGACUCACUAAAAGCCGGAGUUAAAAUGGCUGUAACCAUCAGGCUGUCGGAUUACAUUGUGUCGUCUGCAAAGAUCACCAAUCGAUACCUUGAACGUGAGAGAGGAACACUGCUAGGCAUUUACAAGAAAAAUAUACCUACUAAACACUGGAAGCAAGUUGGGCGAUCCCUUGGAGUGCCACAACACAAACUUGCAAAAAUCGAAAACACGAAACCGAGAUCUCUUGAGGAGAAGGCAUGCUUAGUCUUAAGGUAUUGGCUUAGGGAAAACCAUGGUCGUGGUCUUCAGGAUAUCCAAAAUAUCUGGAAACAGCGUGUGGUGUAA